GAGGUGGCACAGCUGUGCACAGCCGGGCUGGUGGGACAGCGAUGGCGUCUGUCACCCAACACCAGAUGCAGAAGUUCCGUGAGGAUGGUUUCCUUGUCCUGGAGCACUUCUUCAGCCCUGAGGAGUGUGACAGCAUGAGGAGCAGCAUCCAGAGGAUCCUGGAUGGGAUGGAGGUGCCACCACACUGCCGGACUGAGUUCUCCACCAAGGAAGAGGAGCAGCUCCAGGCACAGGGUAGCUCGGAUUAUUUCCUCACCAGUGGAGACAAGAUCAGGUUCUUCUUUGAGAAGGGUGUUCUGGAUGAGAGAGGCAACUUCCUAAUUGCAAAGGAGAAAUCUGUCAGUAAGAUUGGCCAUGCCUUGCACGCUCACGAUCCCGUCUUCAAGCAGAUCACUCACUCCUCCAAGGUGCAGGAACUGGGGAGAAAACUGGGUCUGGAGAGACCAGUGGUUGUGCAGAGCAUGUACAUCUUCAAGCAACCCGGCAUCGGCGGGGAAGUGACACCACACCAGGACGCCACGUUCCUGCACACGGAGCCCCUGGGCCGGGUCCUGGGCUUCUGGAUUGCACUGGAGGACGCCACGCAGGAGAACGGCUGCCUGUGGUUCAUUCCCGGCUCCCACACCAGUGGGAUCACCCGCAGAAUGGUGCGUGCAGCCCAGGGUGCCUCGACGUGCGUGGAGUUUGUAGGGUCAGAGCCGGCCUAUGAUGACAGCAAGUUCAUACCUGUGCCCAUAAGCAAAGGUGGGCUCAUUGUCAUCCACGGAGAGGUCGUCCAUAAGAGCGCAAUGAACAGCUCGGCGUUCUCUCGCCACGUGUACACCUUCCACGUGAUGGAGGCCGAAGGCACCAACUGGAGCAAGGAGAACUGGCUCCAGCCAACUCCUGAACUGCCUUUUCCACCGCUCUACACGUGAUGUUCACAACUGGCUUCUGGAGUCAGCUAGCUCGUCGGUGUUCCCAUGAUUGCUUGUCUGUGUUCUCUUUAAAUGCAGCUCACUAGAUCAACGCUCCAGAUAUAAUUAUCCCCUGUGAGCAAGCUCCCUUCAUGCAGCCAAAUCUGCCUGCCUAAGGUAGAAGCUUCUGCUGCAGGAUGAGCCCUGCUCUGUGGAUAGUAGCCCGCUCCUUUUGGUGAGGAAAUUUCUUCUGUCUCCAGAAUAGGCCAUUAAGGGGUGUUCCACCUUGACCAUGGUGCUGGUUGAGAAAUAUUUCUUGUUGCUGAACUGUAGUAUUUAAAGUCAGGAGCUCAUUUAGUGCUUGGCUCUGUUAAUUGGCAGUGCAGGUGAAUGUGUGGUGUGAAGAUGGCUGACUUUUAGCCUUGGGUCUCUGUCCUAUUGCUUGAAUAGUAGUAGAAACAAUGCUAGUGUGGGCAAAAUGAAUCAGGAAGUCUACUGUUUUAAUUAAUGACUCUUCUGGGUAUUUCUUGCAAAUCGAAUGCUUGAUCUCUAGGCUUGAUUAGAAAUGUUAGUGUUGUUAAAGAUGUUGGAAGUAUGAAAAUAACAAAACCCCUCAUGAUACUUAAAUAAAAAAAAUCAUAAACCUUCAGCUCUGUGAUGACCCCUUUAAGGUGUGUGCACCACCACGGCUGCCCAAACCCCAACAAAACCAAACCACAGUGAAACCUUGGGAACGUUAAAUAACUCCAGUUGCAUCAGGGGCAAGCUCGUGCCUGCAUGCUAGGCUCAACAGAGCACAGGUAGAGUUUCUUAAGGGAUUGCAAUAGAUGGUAUCUCUCCCAGUGUACACAGAAGGUCGUAGAUUGGGACAAAGAAGUGGGAGAGUGUAGGGAUGAAGUGCUGUCAUGCAUGUGGUGUAAUCGCUUUCAAGCAGUCAGGUAGCCUGGAGUUGUGUUUGUAGCAGCUCUGUGGCUGAGUGAUGUAACCAGCUCAAUCCAGCCAAUUUGGGAGCAUAAAUCAGGAUGGAGGGAGGCACUCCAGCUCCUGCAUCACACCCCGCACUUCUUCAAUUUACUUUUUGAAUGCUCACUUAAAUGGGCACUACAUUUUAUCUAGUUAAAAUGAGACAACAGCAGAAUGAACUUAACAGUCUGGUGGUUGUUCUCUGUUGAAGUCAGUUGUUAGGGAAGCAAGGCACCAAUUCUUAGUGGCUCAUUCCUCUCAAAAAUACAUUUCCCAUCUCUGGUGUUG